AUGGCUAGUAGUACUUUAUUUGCCUUGCUAAAGACACAAUUAAGACCCCUGAUAUCAACGAAAAAAAACCUGAUACCCUUUGCGCAUUACACUCGCAGGAGCGUGACAACUUUACAACCCAGCGAUGUGAAGUACGAGUACGUCGAAGACGUCGAGCGGCUUGAUUACUAUACUCAUGGUGGAUACCACCCAACCAUGAUAGGGGAUGCAUAUCAUAAUGGUAGAUACAUUAUAUGCCAUAAGCUGGGGUAUGGCAGAUCUGCAACGACCUGGCUAGCUGAGGAUACGAGAGAAGGUCGCCUGGUUGCACUCAAGAUUUCCACAGCAGAGUCGGUAGAGCGAACCUGUGAGGCGCAAAUCCUCUCACAUCUCGCAGACUCUCCAUCUGAACAUCCUGGAAAGAUAAAUAUACCGUCACUAUCGGACUCAUUUACCUUCCCUGGACCAAAUGGCACCCACCGAUGUUUCGUUACUGAUGCAGCGAGAAUCAGUAUCCAUGAAGCUAAAGAUGCAUCUUAUCACCGGCUUCUUCAUCUCCCGGCGGCUAGAGCAAUUGUGUCACAGCUUAUACUUGGCUUACAAUUCAUACAUUCCCAAGGAAUUGUUCAUGGGGUCAGCAGCUCUACUCAAAAGCUGGAGAACCAAGUACUCAGCGCGUUAUUCGUUGUGGACUGGUUCGACGAAGAUGGACGAAAGAAUGUUAAAGAGAGCAUUCGUCAGUGGUAUGGUAACGAAGCUAGAGACUGGGAUCAACGUUUUCCUGGGGAUAUACAGAAAUUUCGACAGAGGAAAAAAUUCGAGCUACUACAGCCUGACGAGGAAAAGGCAUUAAAUGACAUGCUAAGUUGUCUUUUUGAAGCGAGUGAUGAUUUCCCAAAGGACACAAAUGGCGAAAAGGACACAGCAUUGAAGACGUUUAUUGAAACAGCCAAUAUCCUGCCAUCUGCUUUCCCUGAUAUUGAGACGGAGGUUUUAAAGUGUUCACUUCACCAGGGCUUGCUAAGGCUCGAGUUCAGAGACGAGUUUCUCCACCUUAAAGCUCGGGAUCAAGGAGUCUAG